ACGGGGAGUCAAGAUGGAGUUACAACAUUUUCUUCUCCGUGUGGAGCCGACCUCCAAAGCCCAAGAACGCGCGUCAAUUUCUCCAAGCAAUCCUCCGUUUCCUACUAUUGGGGAAUUUCGUGGCACCUGUUGAUGUUAAUCCGUAGACACUUCCUCCCCAGAAACUUAAGAAGAUCACUUCUUCUUUUAGAUAGCAUCGAGUUCUCUCUCUUCAUUCUGCGACGCCCACUCAAGAGUCAAGCCUCCUCGAGCUAGCUAGGCCCAACACGCAGCAAGCAAAAUACACAACAGCAUGGGGGCCUCCGUGGCGAAGGCAAUUGAAGAUUUCUCCGAUGCGCCGCAAACGCUAGCGGAGGCCCGGCUUGCCGUCGCCGCGCACGCCGUACUCCAGUGGGACUGCUCCCCCGACGCCGGCACCGGAACCACCGGCGUAUGGGACGCGGAGGCGACCUGCACCAACAGAGACCUCCUCUCCGCAGUCGACGAGAUCCUUCACCUCAAGGAGAUCAACGCGUUCCCCAUGACCUCCCCGGCUCGCAGACGCAUGGACAGCGCCCUCGGCGUCGCCAUGUCGCGCCUCAUGGAUGAGUUCCUCCUCCUCAGGGUCUGGGACGGUUCCCAGCUGCAAGGCAUAAGCGACCUUCGCAUUGCCGUCGAGAGGUUAUCGGUCUCUCUGCCCUCUAGUGGCGGCGUGUGGCUCGCCUUCCCCACCGGCGGCAGCACCAGCACCGGGGAGCUUAGCCUGAGCACCACUGACGAGCUCCGCGCGUCAGGCGGGAGCCUCUCGAGCCUGCCUGAUGUGUUGACCGUCUCCGUGGACGGCACGAUCUCGGAUGAGCUCGAUCUGAUCUGCCCGGCAAGCUUGUCUGUUCUCCAUGAGAUCGCCCUGCGGGUCAUCCGUGCCGGGUACACAAAAGAGCUGCUCCACACAUUCACCAAGUCCCCCUGCCAUGUUUUAGACAGGUUCUUGUCGAUUCUUCAAGUGAAAUGUUCUCUCGAGGCCGACCGAAUCAGCUUCGAGGACGCCGAGUGGUGGACAACGGAGGACAUGAUCAAGCGGUGGAUCUUGGCGACUAAGCUGGUCGGGAAGGCCCUUUCCGUCAUGCAAAGGCAGCUCCAAGCGCUGAGCUGUGGAGCCUUCGAUAGGUUCAAGAAUGACUACUUCUUGGCCAUCGCCAGGAAGAGGAUCCUCAUCUUGCUCAAAUUCGCGGACGGGUUCACCAGUACCCGAUCACCAGAAAAGCUCAUGUAUGUCCUCGACAUGUACGAGACUCUAAGCAACGCUGUUCCUGGCCUCCUGCUCUUGUUUACUGGGCAGCACGCGGAGCUCAUCUCCCGACACCUCGUCGUCGUUCUCGCCAAGCUGGAGCGUGCGUUGAGGAUCGCGAUCGGCGGCCUCGUCGCCAAGAUCCGAACAGACUGUUCGCAGGCAGAGAGUGCCAGCGUCGGCGUCCAUCCGCUGACGCGGUACGCCAUGACCUGCGUCGAGCUGUUGGCACCGCACCGAACCGAGCUGGACGUGAUCCUCGCGAACGGUGACGGAGAUUUACCCGGUGCUCCUGCCGGCGGCGCCGAGCGCGUGACCUCAUUCGGCAGCCUCGUCUCGGAGCUAAUAGCGGGCCUGGAACGCAACCUCGAGGAGAAAUCCGCGCUCGCCUACGCGGAAGCAGACGGCUCGCGGCACCUCUUCCUGGCCAACAACAUAAGCUUCGUGCUCAACCGCGCCUCCGACGUGGCUUCUCUGUUCGGGGACCAGUGGGCCGCACGUCGUCGGAGCUGGCUCGAGCAGCACGUCGCGAGCUACGUCGGGUCUUCCUGGGGUCCGGUCGUCGCUCGCCUGGAGACGCCACUGGGUAGCAGCGGCAAGCAGAAAGCGCUGGCAAAGUUCAACGCCGCGUUUAAGAGAGCACACGGCAGCCAGGUGUGCCGGGAGGUCCCGGACCCCGCGCUCCGAGCGGCCCUGCGGAAGGCCGCGUCGGAGAUGGUCGUUCCUGCUUACACCGCGUUUCUGCAGAAGAACCCGAAGCUUGGAAGAUCCGUCAGGUACACGGCUGACAAUCUGGCCGAAUCACUGUCGGAAUUGUUCGAAGGAGAAGCUGAGGAUGGCAGGAAAUCGUAGUGGCUUUAUGCACCUAGAACAUCUUCAGAUUGUGCCAAUAAGCUUGACCUUCUGUACAAGUUUUGCCAAUUAUUAGGCAAUUAGCUUCCUUUUCCUUCAUGGAUACUAUAGCAGUGUAGUAGAAACUAGCAAAACCUCUUUGAAGAUCCGCAGCAGUUGUCGUGAAUUCUCAAUAGGCAUCAGGGUUGAAAAUGUACGUACCAUUUAUAUCCAACAUGGAGAUGAUUCAGAUGACUAGUCGUAAAUCUGAUCAUCGACACGACGGAUAUACCUAUAUAGUUCAAGAUCUAUCAACAGAACAGGUGCAAACACUGAAGCUCGUUUU